AUGCGCGUCUGCGCCGUCGUUGCCGCCUCCGUCGUCGCCACCGCCGCCCGUCUCCUCCACUCCCUCCCAGAGGACACCUAUGCCUUCCCAAAGUUUCGCGUAGCCUUCCUUAACGGCCUCCCAGUCCUCAAUGAAACCGCCGAACGCUGGCUAAAGGAAGGUCUCCGCGGUGGAGAGCUCGAGUUUCUAGAUCAGCCAUGGAAGGACCCUAGCUGGGACACGUCUUCGCAGCUCAAGGAAAUCGACAGCGCGGAGGCACACGCACGCGAUCCUGCCAUCUCCAGCCCUGACUCACCAUCUUCGCCCUACGUCUCUGCCAACUAUACCCUGGAGCACAUGAAGAUGGGUUCACGAGAUUCGUAUAUCUGCCUGAUCCCAAAGUCUGUGGACAAUGGGCCUGCUCUCAAAGACGAGGUUUCGGAUGCCGAGGUGACUCCAGCGCGUAGUUGGUCCCUGCUUCAGCCAUUAUCUGGGACAUGUCUUUACCAUCGUCAAGGCUGGUUCACGUAUCGCUACUGCCACAACGAUGAAAUCCGACAAUUCAAAGAAAUGGUUCCCUCUCAGCCCCGCUUUCCAGGGACGUACACGCCAGAAGAAGACACUGAGUGGGAAGCGUACACCCUCGGUCGUGCACCGAAAACGCCUGAACCUGGCGCAGAUCUCACCCUCGCCGAGCAAAAUGCCCAAGCAGCGAAUUUAGAGCUUGCCCGAAAUGCUGGCUCCCGAUAUCUUGUUCAGCGUUGGGGUGAUGGUACUAUUUGUGAUAAGACCGGGAAAAGUCGUGAAGUGGAAGUUCAGUUCCACUGCUCGAUGGAAAUGACGGACCAUAUUCUGUUUGUCAAAGAAACGAAGACGUGCUCGUACGUACUCGUCGUGCACACACCUCGCCUCUGUGGGGAGCCGGGCUUUAGAUCCCGCCGUGACGCAGGAGGAGAAGCACAGAUUCGCUGUCGCGAAGUCGUUGAUUCCAAACCUGAAGCACAACUGAAGCUUCCUGCUGCUGACCACCCCGUCAAAGUUCCUGUCCGCAAGACCGUCCUACCUGUGCCCAAGGUUGUUCCCAAAGGGGAAAAAGCAGACGACACGAAGGAGAAGACCUUCAAUGACCUCCUGCGAAAAACGCUCGAAGCCCUCGUCGCCAACAAGGCUGGGGGUGCCAAGGGUGUCAAGGAAUCGCAGGACGGGGAAGUAAUUAUCGAGCUUGUCGAAGAGGUGGACGACCUUCCUGUCGAAAGCGAUAGGCUCGUCGAGUCACUCCGCGCUGCUGGCUAUGACGUCCGCGCGGAGGUGAUCACAUUGAAGGACGGUUCCAAGCAACGCAUAGAUAAGAAAGGCGAUAACAAAAAGAAGCCAGCUGCAAGGAAACCCGUUGUUGAUCCUCAUCGAGACGAGCUAUAG